CGCACUUUAAAUAUAGCCCGCGCAUGCGCAGAUACGACUGCGCUAUCGAAAUACACGAUGCGAUCAAGACAACGACGCUUAGUCGAAAUUUUCUACCAUCAUGUCAACAUAAACGUUAAAAUCACUGUGCAAGACUAUGUCGCGAGUAUACGAAGAGUUGGAUCCCGCUUACGCGGCAAAAUGCAGCGACGUGACCCUAUAUUCCGAUCCCAAGGGUUUCUUCAAGACCCUGACUGAUGAGCUGGUGAAUCUGGCCAGCAGCGGGGGCUGGCUGGCCAACGACUUCGCCAGGGCUGCCGGAGACGCGGGGAAACUGAGCGCAGUAUACGCCCAUGCUGAGCUAACGGAGGCAUUAGAGGAGGUGUUCUCGCGUAUCUGCCCGCUGCAUCGCGGGAAGGACACUAAAGCAUGUACGGAGAAGCGGCUCCAAGCCCAGAGGGCCCUGGACGAGGGCGCCCUGCCCCGGGCCCUCGCGCUGGCCUGCCAGGCUGUCCUCAAGUCCCCCAUGACACGUGAGCAUAGACUAGAUAAUACCACUAAAAGAGAAUUCGAGAUAAUUGAUGAAGGCGUAUCACUAGCUUUGUCACUGUGGCUUCGGUCUGAAAUCCUGCUGAAGAGUGAUAGGCCCAAGGCCGCACUGGAAGACCUGAAGCUGGCUUUGAAGGAACGUCUGCCCGCCAAGAUGAGAGCUCAGUACUAUUGGCGCAUGGGACAUUGUUAUAAAGGCUGCUCAGAGCCGUCCCGGGCAAAGGUGUCGUAUGAGCUAGCAGCUAGACUUCUGGCGAAGGAUGACGCGGCACUCCGCAACUUGAACCAGGACAUAGCAUCACUCGACGGAAUGCCUUCGAAGACCGCUGAGAACAAACACUGUGCUAUCUCUUUGACCGAGGGGCCCAAACAGAACAUACCAGCCCUGUCCAAAUUGGUAAAAAUUACCGAAGAAGAUAGCAAGGGUCGAUUUGCCGUGGCCAGCUCGCCUAUAAAAACUGGGGAUGUUUUGCUAAUCGAAAGCCCAUACGCAGCAUGCCUACUCUCAGAUUUUUAUGGGACACAUUGCCUGCAUUGUUUUAAAAGACUGGCAGAUAACGAGGACGAGGCACCGGUGUGGUGCCCCAAGUGUUCAGGAGUGGCCUUCUGCGGGACCGCGUGUCAGGCCGCGGCCGUCAGCACCUAUCACAAGUACGAGUGCCCCUUCCUGGAUCUGUUCAUUGGAUCCGGAAUGUCUAUUCUAAGUCACAUCGCUCUAAGAAUGGUGACGCAAGCCGGCUUGGAGACCAGCCUUCAGAUCCACGCCAACUGCCUCUCUAACGAAGAGCCAACAGUGGAAGGAUCCUCCCUGAAUGAUAUAGAGGGAUCCCCCAAGAAGUCCAAAAUGAAGAGCAGGAAAGAGAGAUUGAACCGGACUAAGAAAGCACUGAAGAGUUUUGACAAGAAUUUCAAAGAGGAGAGUGAUGAACCCAAGGCAGAAGAGAAGCCAAGUCUUCAAGAGGAGUUGGAAUUGAAGGCGGCUCAGAUAUACGCACUGUGUACUCACUCAGAGUUGAGGAAAGAGGAUGACUACUUGAAGCGGAUCGUGGUGGCGAUGUUCCUGACGGAAUGCUUAAAGAAAGCCGACUUUUUCGGGAAAGCCAAUCAGGAAACUAUGAAGAAAAAUGAAAGAGCGAUCACGGAGCUCAUAUUACGCAAUUUGCAACUUCUUCAGUUCAAUGCCCACGAAGUGUACGAAACUUUGAGGACAAAAGAAAGCCUAAGUGGCGCCAAAUCUGUGUAUGUGGCCGUUGGAAUCUACCCUACUGGAGCAUUGUUCAACCAUGAGUGUUAUCCAGCUGUCGCUAGGUACUUCGAGGGUCGCCAGCUGGUGUUCCGCGCCACGCGCCCCGUGGCGCCAGGCGCGGUGGUCUCCGAGAACUACGGGCCCCACUUCCUGUCUCGGGGGCUGAAGGAGCGCCAGCGGGCACUGGCCUCCAGAUACUGGUUCAAGUGCAACUGCCGCGCGUGCGAGCUGGACUGGCCGCAGCUCAAACAGAUGACCAGUGCUGUGCUCUACAAGUGCCCAAACAAUGAAUGUUUGAACACGUUCAAAGCAACUUCUAAAUCGUCGGCAACGUGUAUCAAAUGCUCUGCAAAAGUCGAGACUGAAACAGUUAAAGAUCUGGAGGAAAUAAUUAAAAACUGUCGCGACAAAUACCAGGCGGCGGCAAAAAUAGCUGGCGUAAACGCGGAAGAAGCCAUAUCCUCGUUGUCUUCAGCCAUCGACGCGUUCCACGGGAUCGCCAGUCCCCCCCACAGGGAGACCCAGGUGGCCCAGGAAACUCUGCGAAACUGCUUUGCGUCCCUAGGGAACGUCCAUUACGUCCCAACCCCGGAGAAGUCGGAAAACUCUAGUACCUAGACUUAGUACCUAGAUUGUUGUUGUUAUUCGCACUAACAGACCUGAUUUAUAAAGACAUGUUGUUUUGAAA